UGUGAUAAACACAAUUUGAAAACAUUUAACAUAGGUAAAAAGACUUUUUAUGUCGAAUAUUAAUUAUUAACGAUUAAUAUAAAUAUUUUAUAUUUUACCGCCAUUAUAGUAGGUACAUUGUUAAAUCUUGUUCGUGAAUUGGCCAGUUGAUUCAGUGACGAGAAAUAUGUUGGACAGUGUUGUUUUGCCCGGUAACGACGUUUCGCAGACAAUAUUCGAAGGAGAAUCUAAGAAACAAGAUAAAAUUAUCGGACCCGGACUCGUGACAAACAACGGUAAAAUUAUCGUGAGUAAUGGAGGAAUACUAAGAGGCAAACAUAAUAAGCUGUACUGGGUUGAACAUCGCAAAAAAAAAUAUAUGCCGUCCAAAGACGAUAUUGUCGUAGGAGUUGUGGUGGCCAAAACUUCUGAGCUGUACAAGGUGGACAUUGGAUCUCACGAAUUCGCCACGCUUCCAUACUUGGCAUUUACUAAUGCUACCAAAAAAAAUAGGCCUGACGUCAAAGUGGGCAAUGUUUUAGCCGCUCGCGUUAAAGCUACCACACCUUAUAUGGAAGCGGAAAUCAGUUGUGUGGAAUCCGCUAACAGUGUUGUACUAGGCCUAUUAGAAGACGGCUUCUUAAUAAGUGUCAGUUUGAAUUAUGCGUUACAAUUAAAAAAUCCCAACUCCAAGUUGCUGUCAGAGCUCGGGCAUUUUAUACCUUAUGAAAUUGUUAUUGGCAUCAACGGUAAAGUAUGGAUUAAAACUUCGUCUGUACAAAGGACUAUCGCCAUUGGAAGCGCCAUAAUAAAUGCGGAACACUUGAAAGAAGAUGAUAUUCCUCAACUGAUUAAAACUUUAAAAAUGUAAAUUAAAUUAAUAACAUUAUGUAAAAACGUAUAAUAUUUUUGUAUCUUAUUGAUUUGGUGGUUAUAUUUGUAAUUUGAAAUGUUAUAAGGUAUAUUUAUUUACCAUGACAAUUUAUCAAAGCAUUCUUGUAAAUAUCAUAAACUUUUUUGAACGUUAAAAAGUAUAUAAACAAAUAUGAUGUAACGAUUUAUUGUUUUACAUAAACACCACACCAUUUGAAAUAAUACCAUGUUAAAUUACUUCUACUCUGUUUUACGCUGGUGCCAAAGUACUGUUGUUAUUAAUUACUAUGAAAAAGUUCCAUAAUAAUUGGUACAAUUUUAAUUGUUUUUCAGUAAUAACAUUAAAAACUAUUCUAAAAAAAGCAAAGUCUUGAUUAGUUUGGGAAUUUAAUUUUAACCCAUUAAUAGGUAGAAUCUGUCUCUACUUAAAUACACUAGCAAAAUGCAUUGUUUAAAUAAUAUACAAAAUUGUAAACCGCGCUUAACUAAUUUAAACUGCACAAAACGUGGACAUCUCUAUUAUUUUUUUACUCCAAGAAUGUUGAAAUAUUAUUUUCAUAGCGGAGUCAUAUUUUUUAUUUGACAAAAAUUAUUUAUAAAAUAAAAUAAAUACAUAUUUAUGAUGUUUUUUCAGUCACAAUGAACAACAGAAUAUCUCAAGUUAGGUUUUUUUUUUCUUACAGCAUUACCUUUUCUAAAAAGUUCUCGUGAAAUGCAAUCCUAGUUCAUUGGAAAUACGUUUACAAAUUAAAUUUUCCUAAAUACUGUAUCUCAAUUGGAAAUACUAUUGUUAUAUUUGAAAAGAAACAUAAUUGAAUUGCAAUUGAUUUCCCAUCAGACCUUAAAAAAAGUUUGAAUAUAAUAU